AUGACUAAACUUACAGCAAGCCAAGAACGAGAAUUGCACGACGCUUUUGAUCUCUUCGAUAGUGAUCGUUCAGGACGAAUUUCCAAAAAUGAGCUGAAAAAAGUGUUGCACGCGUUAAACAUCAAAGCAAAUGAGAAGGAAUUAUCUCAGUUAAUGGCGCAAAUGGAUGCAGAUGGAAGUGGAGAAAUCGAUUUCGAUGAAUUUAAAAAAGUCAUGGCUGCUUCGUUUUUUAAGAAGUAUUCCAAACAAGAAUUAAUGAGUGCUUUUAAAAAAUUCGAUGCCGAUGGAAAUGGAUACAUAUCGACAAAGGAAUUAGCCGAUAUUCUAGCUCGUAUGGGUCGACAUUUAAGUCGAAGCGAUGUCGAAGCAAUGAUUAAAUCGUUAGAUACAAGCGGAGAUGGAAGAAUCUCGUUCGAAGAAUUCUGUGGAUUAUUUGAUUAA